ACCAUCACUCACUCCUAGACGGACAGCGCAGAGACCAACAGCAAGAUGAAGCACCUGCUGUUUUUUGGGAUUGCGUUGGCUGUGUUCCACAUGAGCCAGUCAGUUCCAGAUUUCUGUCUCCUUAAAGAAGAUGAAGGCACGGGGCCAAGUUUUAUCUUCGCUUUGUAUUAUGAUGCUGCCAACAGUCGGUGCAGUCCUUUCCUGUACAAGGGCCAAGGAGGAAAUGAGAACCGCUUUGUAAAUGAGAGAGAAUGCAUAAGAAACUGUUCUGCUGAUGCAGAGACGCUCUACCCUAUGGAUGCUUCUGAGGCUUGCCACUUCAAGAAGUUGGCAGGUGGUUGCAGUGGUCAGCAUUUGAGAUACUACUAUGAUUCUGUUCAUGGAAAGUGCAAAAAAUUCCUCUGGACUGGAUGCUUCGGAAACGGAAACCGGUUUCUCGACUCUAACAGCUGCAACACCACCUGUGCCGGAAUCCUCGAUGAAGGGGAUGACAUGGAAGAGGAUGAGCCUGACACUCCCAUUGCAAUUAUCUGUGGAGUUUUGCUCGCUGUCAUUAUUGUUGGUAUCUUCACAACAGUGAUCGUCUUGACCGUCCAGUCGAAGAAGAAGGACUCCAAGAAGAAGUCAGGAGGAAAAAGCCAAGAGCCCCAGACUGAAACUCCUCUUCAGGAUCAGAGGAUCGAAAUGUCAUAGAAGAGUGUAUCAUCUUGAUCUCAUCACGUGGAGUUUUUACCACUUUACUUUUGUAUUAUAACUCUUGUAGUUUUGAUAAAGAAAAUUUCAAAUGAUUAUAACAUUGAAGUUCGGCUUAAAUUUUGUACUGACAUUCAAAGGAGGGAUUUUGGUUCAACUUUGUUUUGUUUUUCAGCCUCACAACAUGUUCAAGGUGAAGUUGUAAAAAAAAAAAAAAAAAAAAAGAGCUGAAAGAAUAAAAUUAAUUUUGUUAAAGGAAUAACCAACUUAAGUUUCUUUCUUUUUUUUUCACCAAAUAUUUAGGUGGGAGCCCUCACUACUUUUAUUUGUCUUGUGUGAUUAUAGUCAAGUCAACUUUAUUUAUAAAAAACCACCAAGGUUGACCAAAGUGCUUUACAGAGUAAAAAGUUAUAAAUAUAUGUCAUGUAUCAUGUUUAGGAGUACUCCACAUAAAGUGGCUUUGGACUGUUGGAUAGAUAUAGAACUAGCAAUAUGGAUCCAGGAAAUGAUGACAGACCUUUAGAAUUACUUUUCCGACCAGACGUGUCAACAAUUAAUCCAGGAAAAGGAUGAUGCAUUUAUCAAUAAUUGAAUUGAUUGUUUAUCGCAAGUUUAAUAGAAGCAGACCAAUCCGAAAAUAGGAACAUGUUUUUGACUAACAUUCAAGCUAAACAGACGCAGAACUACAUCAUUUCCUCGUCUGAGUGUGCACUUUUACCUGUAAUGCUUUUAGCUAUGUGAUCGCAUGGUCAUUUCACUGUUUACAAAAUAUAACUGCAUCAUCACCUGGCUAAACAUCUUCCUGAAAAACUGUCUGAAGUCAUCUGAAGACACUGACAUUGAGAAUCCAACACAUAUAUUUAGAGCUGUUUUUGUAAAGUGCUGCCCAGUGAGUGCCCUCUCUCUGUUAUUAUAUUUCCCUCCUCAGCGUUUGUGAAUCUCUUGUUGUAAGCUGUUAAGACGUCAGCAUGAAAGAGUCAAAAACCCUUUCCAAUUUCCUGACAUUUAUCUUUGGAUGUAUGUAAUCUUGUGCUCAAGCUUUGUGUUUUGGAUAUAAAAAUGGUAACUUUUCAAAGAUUGACUGUAGAUUGUCCAACUAUUAAAAACAUGCCAUGUGUUUUUGUGCUGGUAUGAGACAAACCGUUGUUUAACCAAA